UUCCCUCCGACACACACUCUUCUCAGCUUCGGAGUCAGUGUUAUAAUGUUUUUUUUUUUUUUUGAAAAAAAAAAGAAAAGAGAAAAUGACGUGGCGCUUGUUUUUCUCAACUUAAUUAUCACGUGCAGCUCACGUGCUGCUAUCCAACUGAAAUUCUCUCUCUUCGUUCCCUCGGGCCUCAGCUUAAUGAAACCGAGAGACCUGCCCAAAAAGAACUGACCGCUGCAUUUACCUUGUUUUUCCCUCUCCUCCAUUUCUCUCUCUCCCUCUCUCUCUCUCUAAAACCAGAAGAGUUACUGUUAUGGCUUCUCCGCCGCCGCCGCCGUUGCCGGACGCUUUCGGAGGCUCCGUCAUUGAGUACUUUUCUUCCUCUCCUCCUCUUCCUUCGGCGAUAGCAGCGACGGCAGCGACUCAUUCUUCUUCGCUGAAGAAUCUCAGUCCUAGCAUUUUAAUCAUUCUUUCGAUCCUUGCUUUUACUGCUUUUGCUUCUGUGAUUCUCUGCCUCGUUCUGCGAUACCUUAACCGGCGGUGUCUUCUCCGUCUAUCCGCCGUGCCUGUAUCGUCCUCGUCUUCGUCGGUUUCGAGCCGUCGGAUUAAUCCAGCAGAGCAGAGUACGACUCGGUGUACCAAUUCGUUUUCGCCGAUCGAUACGCUUCCUCUUUUUUCUUUUUCCUCCAUCACGCGUCGUUCUUCCACUGCCGCAGCCGAUUGCGCCGUUUGUUUGUCAAAAUUCGAGGCGGAGGAUCAGCUUCGUUUACUUCCGCUCUGCUGCCAUGCUUUUCACGCUCAAUGCGUCGAUACAUGGCUUCAAUCGAACCAGAGUUGUCCUCUAUGCCGCUCCGCCAUUUUCGCCUCCGAAUCCGACGUGAUUAAGGCUUCUAUGGCUUCCUACACCGCUGAAGGUCGCGCCGGAGACAGUUUCAGACUCGAGAUUGGCAGUAUCAGCCGCCGGCAAGGCGCAUCCGAUUCCACCGACGGAAGGAGAUCCUACUCAAUAGGAUCGUUCGAGUACUUCGUCGAAGAAGAUUCAGAGGUAAAUUUCACCAAUGCUCACAGGAGGAGCGUCUCCGAUAAGGAGGACAUAGAAGCUCCGCCUCAUCCAGAGCGAAGUCUCGCGGCUGAAGUCGGUUCCGGAAGGAGUUGGUUAAAGGACUACGUAGACAGGCUCUCGAAUUCCGUUUCAUCUCGAGCGCUCUCCUUCCGAGGCUCCGGUAGAUUCUUCACCGGAAGCAGCCGUCGAAGUGAGAUCGUGGUUGGCGGAGAUUGGGAACAGGAGAACAGUCGCGUCGGCGAGGAAAUAAGCGAAAUGUUCCGGUGGUUCUCAGGGGUAUAAACGUAAUUACAUCCAACAACCCUUCACGCAAAGGAUAGGCCAUUUUGGAAAUGGUAACCGCCGGCCGAGAUUAAAGUAAAAAAAAAGUUCCCCAUCGUGGCAGUGAAGCUAAAAGGAACAGUGAAGUGAUUUAUGAAACUAGUUUACAGAUCAAUGAGCUUUCCAUACCCUUUUUUUUUUUUUUUGAAAUAUUAUGUGAAUUUGAGAGUAAAUCUUUGUGUUGAUAUGUAAUGAGUGAAUUGUGAGAUGUGCAAUAUGAAUAUGAUAUUUGUGUGGAAUUGUUUAGGAAUCAUUGCUUUGCUUGUUUGUGAAAUUGUUAGCCAAAAAA